UGAAAAGCAAUUAAAUCCAGAUUUAUGUGAUUGCUACUUUCUAAUAAUUGUAUAUCAUUUUAGGACAAGCUCACAGAAUUAAAAACUGCAGAAAAGGAAAUCAAACAAAGAGGUGCGAUUAAAGGGGACGAGAUUAAGCAAUUUCGAGCAGAUAAAAACCUUAUUAGCAAUUUACCUGAUAGUAUUCCUGAGGUUAAAGAAAAGAUCAUACAAAUUGAAACCCAACUCAGUAUAAAUGGUGAAGAAGAUGAAUCAGUCUUAAGAGAAUAUAAUGAUAGAGAGAAUGAAAUAUCAGAUACCGAAUUAAGGAUAGAAGAUUAUAAAAAGAAACUUCAAGAACUAAAAUCUUAUAUGGAUGAAAAGAAGCAACAAUGGUUACCUGCUGUUAAAGGCCACAUACGAAAUAUUAACAAAAAGUUCAGCCAGUAUUUUAAAUAUCUUUCCUGUGCUGGAGAAAUAAAUCUGGAUACUGGCGAAAAUUCAGAUGAUUUUCAAGGUUAUGGACUUCAAAUAAGACUGAAAUAUCGUGAGGAUGAACCUUUCACUGAACUUUCACAAACACAUCACAGUGGAGGGGAAUGCAGUGUUGCAGCAAUAAUAUUUAUUUUAUCUCUACAGGACUUAACUGAAGUUCCUUUUAGGUGCAUUGAUGAAAUAAAUCAAGGAAUGGAUUCAGUGAAUGAAAGAAAAGUAUUUAACUUAAUUUCCAACAGCACCAAAGAGAGAGGCUGCUCCCAGUAUUUUCUUUUAACACCUAAAUUGCUGACAGAUUUGCCAUAUCACAGUGGGGUUUCUGUGCAUAUUAUUUAUAACUCUCCCUUUUUAAAUACAAAACUUGAUGUUAAGAAAUUUUUAAAAUAAAGGGGUACUAAUUAACUAAUUGGUUCCUCUUGGAAUUAUAACAAAAUGUAUUGUAAUAAUAAAUUUUUAGAUUUGUUUUAAAAUUUUAACUAUUUUAAAUUAUUGACUUUAUAGAUAAUUGUGAUACACAUUGGUCACUAUUUUGAUCAUGAACUACUAACAUACAAAACUCUUUUCAUUUACACAAGUUUAUAAUCCAUUAGUGUAUAGCUCUAGUUUUAUGAUUUUAAUAAAUUUUUUAAACCAGCAAACUCAUUUGGAACAUUUUCAUUAACAUCUUCACAUUAUGUGCUGUGUUGGUUGGUAAAAUUCAAUAUAAUUCGAUUCUAUAAUCAACCCCAAAAUGCACCUAUAAAAAUUAAGACUCAUAUAUUUUCCACCAACUUUUGUAUUCUUUAUUGUAACUCAAUGACUCUUAACCUCUUUCAUUGUUUUAACUCAAAACUAAAGUGGAUGUAUUCUGUUGUAUUGAUAUCCAAAAAGAAAAUAUUGAAUUCUUUUGCAACUGUACUAAAUUUUUCAUUUAUGAAAAGAAUUUGCCAAAUAAUAAAUGAUUUAAAUUAGCCAAAGAAAUUGAUGAUAAUGUAUGUGAUACUAAUGUGUAUUACAUUAAUUAAAAAUACUGCUAGAAAAUUUUCCAAUUGUGUGUAGUUACUGUAGCAUAUUUAAGUUUUGCAUGUAAUUUUCUUUAUAAAAUGUAUGAUGAAAUUAAUUUCAAAAUUUAAUUUUAGUUAUAAGAAAAAGCAGAAUGUAAACAAUAAUAAAUAUAGAAGGUUUGUUUCCAGAUUUUAUUUGCAAAUUUAUAAAUCUUAUUUAUUUAAUUAAAUUAAACUUAUAAAUCAAAGAGGGUAUAAAUCUGUUUUCUGUGUUCAUAAUGUUGAGAUAUCUGGGCAAGUUUGAGAGUCUAAUAUGAUAUACCCGGAAUUUUAAAUAAUUUCAGAUAAACUCAUGGCUGAUGCUUAAAGUUUUAUGAUUAAAGAGCAUUAUACAGAGGGUAUUCAUACAUUUUUGAAUAAUUUUAGCACAGCAAAUAAUAAUAAAUAAUUUCAGAUAAACUCAUGGCCGAUGCUUAAAGUUUUAUGAUUAAAGAGCAUCCAUCAUACAGAGGGUAUUCGUGCAUUUUUGAAUAAUUUUGGCACAGCAAAUAAUAAUAAUAAUUCUAUCAAAAAUUAAUUACACAGCAAAUGUUAUUUUAUUUAUUAAAAGUAUUCAGUUUGGUACUCAUUGUGAUUAUUAAAUUAAAUUAAUGCCUUUCUUUUACCUCGAUUUCUUCAUCAAAAGACCUUUUUAGAUUUUACCAUAGUAAUUUUUUCCCACUUCUCUGAUAUAGCUUCUCGUAGUUUGUCAGUUGUUUUUGGUUUAUGGAUUUUGGUUAUUUUUAAUACAAUUACAAAUAUUAAAUAUUAAAAUUUGAAUAAUUUGUAUUUUUUUUAGGUUAAAUUAGAGAUUAUAGCAAGCAAACAAAAAAAAAAAAAAAAAAAAAAAA